AUGGAAGAGGAAAAAGCCGCAGCAUACUACGACGAGCUCACUCGAAAAGGCGAAGGAGCCGCAAAAUUCAAACAAGGUCUCGGCUUUUCUACCUCCUCCUCAAACGACGUCGUUCCUAAACCCGGGUCAGCCCUCGCAUCUUCCUCUUCCUUCCUCUCCCAAUUCGUUAAAGCCUCUUCCUCAUCCACCACCCCUUCCGACCCACCCAAACCCGACACAAAAUCCCAGCUCCAAUCCAUUCAAAACAAACUCAAGAAGAAACCCACCACCGAAUCUAGGGUUUCAGAGUCCAGGGACAGCGAUAGAAGAAAAAGACGAAGAAGCAGGAGUAGGAGCAGAGAUAGGUAUAGGGAUUCAAGGAGGCGAAGUAGGAGUAGAGAAAGAUACACUAGUUAUAGAGAUCGUGAUCGAAGCCGAAGCGAUUCGGAUGGUGAUAGGGGUAGAGAUAGGAGGAGGAGAAGAGAAAGAGAGAGGGGGCGAAGGAGGAGUAGGAGUGUGUCUCCUGGUAAACAACGUAGGUCUGAGGUGAGAACAAAUGAUGUUAGGGAAAGAGGGAAAGGGAAGAAUGUUGGGGUUGAUUAUGCAAAGUUAAUUGAAGGUUAUGAUAAUAUGGCACCUGCUGAAAGAGUCAAAGCCAAGAUGAAGCUUCAGCUUUCUGAAACUGCUGCACGGGAUACAGAAAGAGGUGUGGGCUGGGAACGAUUUGAGUUCAACAAGGAUGCUCCUCUUGAUGAUGAGGAAAUCGAAGUUGCCGAAGAUGAUGCAUCCUUAGUCAAACACAUUGGUCAGAGUUUCCGGUUUUCCUCAUUUGAGUCCAAACGAGAAGAACAAAUUCAAGCUGCUCAUGAUGAAGCUAUGUUUGGUGCUACAGCUCCUCCGCCUCCCACCAUCAGUACAGACAGCGAGCCUGAAAGGGAGAAUGAGAAGGAGGUUGAUGAUAAAAAAGACUUAGUUUCAAGCCUCUUAAGUGAAACGGUGCUGGCCAAGCAAAAAGGGUCUUGGCGUGAUCGGGUUCGUCAGGCAUAG